GGGGAGGAAUGAGGGAGGGGCCAACAGUUUGGCUGCCCUCAGAGUUCAGACACACACAUGCGUCCACACAUAUCCACUUACUCCCACACACUCACAGGGAUCAGAGACACUCACAGAUAGAGACAUCACCUCUCUGUCGUCCCCCUCCGCCCCUCACAACUCCUUGCUCUUUGGACCUUUGCAAAUUCUGGACCGGUAAAUGAGUCGUUGGGAGCCGCCGCGCCACUCCACUCGUCACUGCUGACAUUUUUCAGACUUGACUUGAGUGGGACCUGGAUGCGAUUAGAGGCUGAAGCGGGCUGAGCCUCAUGCUGCAGACAUGUAACCGAGGAGGCUGUGGAAGGGUGGAUGAGAGUUGGUGUGGUGGCCGGAGAAUGGAGAUGCUUUUCCUAGAGCGCCCGUGUGUGAUGAAUCUAGAGCGCAGCGAAAGAGGGGAGUGUCCUUCUCCUCGAGGCCAGGACAUGGAAGCCCGACCUGGGGGGAAGAUGGGGAAGGUAUCAGUUGGCUUCCAGAGGAGCUCCACCUCAGAUGACGACUCCGGAUGUGCACUGGAGGAGUAUGCCUGGGUGCCACCAGGACUCAGACCUGAGCAGGUCCAGAUGUACUUUGCCUGUCUGCCAGAGGACAGGGUGCCGUACGUCAACAGUCCCGGCGAGAAGCACAGGAUUCGACAGCUUCUCUACCAGCUGCCGCCGCAUGACAACGAGGUGCGUUAUUGCCACACUCUGACAGAGGAGGAAAAGCGGGAGCUUCACAUGUUCAGUGCCCAGAGGAAGAGGGAGGCAUUGGGAAGAGGAACACCCAAGAUCCUCCCUCGAGCUCUCCAACACACCCGCUGUGAAAAUUGUGUCGGAGGCAUCAACGGAGGGGAGAUGGCGAUUUUUGCCUCCAGAGCAGGGCCGAGCCCCUGUUGGCACCCAGCGUGCUUUGUGUGCGCCACCUGUCAAGAACUACUGGUGGACCUGAUCUAUUUCCACCACAAUGGCAAAGUCCACUGCGGAAGGCACCACGCUGAACUUGUCAAACCGCGCUGCUCUUCCUGUGACGAGAUCAUCUUUGCAGACGAGUGCACAGAAGCCGAGGGUCGUCACUGGCACAUGAAGCACUUUGCCUGCUUCGAGUGUGAAAUAAUGCUCGGUGGGCAGCGCUACAUCAUGAAAGACGGCCGACCGUAUUGCUGUGGCUGCUUCGAGUCGCUAUACGCAGAGUACUGUGAGGCCUGUGGCGAAAACAUUGGUGUCGAUCAUGCCCAGAUGACCUAUGAAGGUGUGCAUUGGCAUGCCACAGACCAGUGCUUUUGUUGUGCCCAAUGCAAGACCUCCUUGCUGGGUUGUCCGUUCCUUCCAAAGCAGGGUCACAUCUACUGCUCAAAGGCCUGCAGCCAGGGAGAGGACAUCCAUGCCUCCGACUCGUCGGAUUCGGCCUUCCAGUCAGCACGCUCGCGUGAAUCGCGGCGCAGCGUCCGUAUGGGGAAGAGCAGCAGGCCUGCCGAACAGUGGAGACAAUCGCAGCUGUUUAAUCCCCCUCCGACCGCGCCAGCGUUCGACUACAAGUUCGGGAACGGCGGCAGUGAGAGAGACGGUGACGGUGAUGUUGAUCUCGUAGGGCGUAAGCUGGCUCAUCUUGGCAUAGAGGAGAGGUUCUGGCGGGAGCGGGAGGAGCAGGACGCCUGUGGAGAUGAGGACCCGGAGGAGUGGGCCCAGCAUGAGGACUACAUGACUCAGCUCCUGCUCAAGUUUGGUGACCGUGGAAUGUUACAUCAACUACAGCAGCCAUCUCUGAAAUCCCCCAGCCCCAGCAGUGAUCGAAAUGGUCUCAUUAGCGUCUCUGAUCCCUGGCUAAAGCCCGAUACCACAUCCAUUGGGGUUACUGCCUCCUCUCCCACUCCUGCCAGUCCCACUCAGAGCCAGACUUCCAAUCAAUCCAGAGGAAACAGCCAUAGUCCUGGACUGAUCAGUAAGAAGCACCUGCCUGAAAUGUACUGGGCCCAGUCCCAGGAUGGGUUGGGAGACUCUGCCUAUGGGAGUCAUCCAGGUCCCGCAAGUGCCAGAAAGAUCCAAGAGCUGGAGCUGGAUCAGGACCAAUCUGGCACUGGAGGACAGGCCUUCUGGCCAGACACCAGGCAGUGGUAUGAAGACUCCCUUGAGUGUAUCGCCGAUGAGCUUAGAAAGGCAGAGCAAGGUGUUGGAGACUCAAUGGACUCCCUAGCACUCUCAAAUAUCACUGGUGCAUCAGUGGAUGGAGAUGGCCGGGACAGACCCUUAGUUUACACCCUUGCGAUGCAGGAUCCUUCCGUGGUAGAUGACUCUGAGAAGAUGAGCAACAUGGGGACAUUUAAUUCAUCUCACUGUCACCACAGCACUAACUCUUUGAACCUUAAUAUGGAGAAGGGAGACGAAAAUGAGAUGGCAAUGGCAAUAAGGGGAGGCAUGCCAGGGGGUCUUAUCUCAUUGCCCCCACAUUCUGAAGGUCUCCUGACCUCCUUUGUCCACGCGCCAGCUCUGAAGAGAAGCAAGUCCCAAUCCAGGCCUCCUCAGGUGGUCAAGUUCUCAGACGACACUGUGGACAAUGGAUAUAAUGAUGGGUUUGACGUCAGUAUUAGAAAGCCUCCCAUGAGCGAGCGGCCACAGCGGAGGGCGUACUGUCCGGACGACAGGGGGGGCCAAGAGAGAAGCCGCCCGUCGAGCCACCAUGGGCGCAGCAGGCGGCACCAACAGAAGCAGGGGCGACACCACAGAAGUCGCAAAACCCGCUCAGACAACAACCUUCACAUGGUUCCUCUGGACAAAGCGCAGAGGCCAUAUGAGCACCAGCAGCAGGGUCUGGUAAACACUCAACGCGGUCCAAUGCUCUUACAGCAUCCCCCGCAAAGACUGCCCCAGACCAUCUCCCAAACUCGAUCUGACUAUAUGCUUCAGGGUGCAACACAAAGAGACCCUCCGGUGGAGCAUUUCAUGGGUCUCUGUAAAGAAGACGACGACUGGUGCUCUACUUGCUCCUCGUCAUCGUCGGACUCAGAGGAGGAGGGCUAUUUCUUAGGACAGCCAAUCCCUCAGCCUCGACCGGCCGGCCGAUACUACGCUGACGAUUUCCCGACAAGAGUCACAGCCCUUCCUCCCCACUAUCACGGCUCAAAGACUGGUCGCAGACGGGGCCACCGCUCCAAAAACUGCAUCAUCUCCUAACAGUUGGAGUGUAAAUUACAUAGUAACCUGCACUACAAAAAAGGAAUGUCAUAUUUUCUGAUGGUUUACAUGUUAAAUCUUAGGUUUAGAAAGGCGGUUCAAACAUAGCAUCUGCAUCAACUAUGUAUCGGAGCACAGCGACACGACAAGGGUCGAUCUACUGAAUGAAGAGAUAACUGUUGAGUGUUAAGACAUUAAGUGAAAAUAACAAAAAUGACCACAUUUUGUAUAAAGUUUGGCCGAGAUACUGGGUCUAUUUGAAUUUUAGCACUAAUAUGACGCAUGGACUGGUACGUUUGGAAACCCUUCAUUAGUCAGUGUUGAUGGAUAUUAGGCCGUUUUGAGACAUUUCACUUUUUUCAUAUCAGCAUCUGUCAUAACAGUUCUAAAUGUCCACGUAAAUAUUUUGCAUUGAAAUAGCAACACUGUAUAGACAGGUUGAUACGGUAGAAAAUAGAAACUAACCAAAAUAAUUAUUUAAUGCAUAUUAGUAAAAAAUGAUAAUGUAUAUACUAAGUUAAGAUUUUAAUACUGGUAUUUUUAUAUACACGUUUUGAAAACUGUUUCCUUUUGAAGUGUUUUGAGGUAUAUAAAAUAAAAUAGCAGUUAUAUGUUGAACAAACAGACCUCCUUUAAUAUUUUGAGAAAUAAAAGAAGAUGCCACUUUGGGAGCUGUGUUCGCCACAGUAAAGUGCCAUUAUACCCGGUAACAGUCUAGUUUAAUGUAUAUUCCACAAUGCUCACUGUUGGUCUGUAUAUGAAAAACGCUGCAGCUGCUGCCACCGUCUUUAUUUUCUACACCAGCUGUUCACUACCCUCGCUCAGACAUAACCAGCUGAAUGCUUUGUGAUGUAAUAAAUAUUCUUCCCCAAAGCUAAAACAAUGAUUGUUU